GCAUACGCGGAGUACGCGGCUGCGGUUCGGCGUCUUGGUCUCAGCUUUUGAGCUGUGAGGCUUGGGAUAGGCCAGGAUGUUACAGACUGUUGGAGCUCAGAAUGAGGAAGAGGAGCAGGCGGAGGAGGACUGUCCUGAAUUGGUUCCCAUUGAGACGAAGCAGAGAGAGGAUGAGGAGAAGCCUAGCCCCGGCGCCAAGAUCCCAGUCACAAUUAUCACCGGGUAUUUAGGUGCUGGAAAGACAACUCUUCUGAACUACAUUUUGACAGAGCAGCAUAGUAAAAAAAUAGCAGUUAUUUUAAAUGAAUUUGGAGAAGGAAGUGCAGUAGAGAAAUCCUUAGCUGUCAGCCAAGGUGGAGAGCUCUAUGAAGAGUGGCUGGAACUUGGAAAUGGUUGCCUCUGCUGUUCAGUGAAGGAUAAUGGCCUUAGAGCUAUUGAGAAUUUGAUGCAGAAGAAGGGGAAAUUUGAUUACAUACUGUUAGAAACCACUGGGUUAGCAGAUCCUGGUGCUGUGGCUUCUAUGUUUUGGGUGGAUGCUGAAUUAGGGAGUGAUAUUUAUCUUGAUGGUAUCAUAACUGUUGUAGAUUCAAAAUAUGGAUUAAAACAUUUAACAGAAGAAAAACCUGAUGGCCUUAUCAGUGAAGCUACUAGGCAAGUUGCUUUGGCAGAUAUCAUUCUCAUCAAUAAAACAGACUUGAUUUCAGAAGAGGAGCUAAACAAAUUAAGAGCAAUCAUUAGAUCAAUAAAUGGACUGGGAAAAAUUUUAGAAACACAAAGAUCAAGGGUUGAUCUCUCUAAUGUGUUAGAUCUUCAUGCCUUUGAUAGUCUCUCUGGAGUAAGUUUGCAGGAAAAACUUCAACAUGUGUCAGCUGUACAACCUCACCUCGAUCAGAGUAUUGUUACAGUCACAUUUGAAGUACCUGGAAAUGCAAAGGAAGACUGUCUAAAUGUAUUUAUUCAGAAUCUCCUGUGGGAAAAGAAUGUGAGAAACAAGGACAAUCACUGCAUGGAGGUCAUACGGCUUAAGGGGCUGGUGUCGAUCAAAGACAAACCACAACAAGUGAUUGUCCAAGGUGUCCAUGAACUCUAUGACCUGGAAGAGACUCCAGUGAGCUGGGAAGAUGACACUGAGAGAACUAAUCGAUUAGUCCUUAUUGGCAGGAAUUUAGAUAAGAAUAUUCUUAAACAACUCUUUAUUGCUACCGUGACAGAAACAUAAAGUAGUGGACAGCACAGUUCAAAGAAGAUCAAGUAUGUCUGUAACACUAGAAGCAUUUUUUUUAUCAAAAGGACUGGAUGGUAAACUGGAUGCAUUUCAAUCAUCUAUUUUUUCAUUACUUCUGUUAUGAAUUCCAAUGUAUUUUAAGGUAGUAUUUAUUUUAUAGAAUACAUAAAAUUUAGUAAAUCCGUACUGUAAAACAUUUGACAUUCAUACAAUGAAAUAAAAUAUCCUUUGAAGUUUUUUUGUAUGGGGGAGAGCCAGAUGUUUCACACAAAUCUCACAAUUCAUUUUUCACAAUUUUAAUCUUAUAUAUGUGGAAUUCCUCACCCAGUAUUAUUCAUAUUAAUGAUGUUAAACCUUUGAACAUUUUCAUUUUCCCUUAGAACUUCAACUGACUGAAGAGACAGGUUUAUUGUUAACAAAAUUUUUUUCUAAACAAUUAAAUAUUGUCACUUUCUAUUAAAUGAAAUAAAAUAAGACUAUGGUCCCUAAAGACUUCAAAACUGGAAGAGAUUUGAGUCAAAAGCAUUAAGCCAUCUCUUAUUUUUAAUCAAGCCUUACUGAUAGUGUAAUGAAACUUCAGCCAUUUAUUUUGUUAUAUAUUUAGAAGAUUCCAAGUUUAGAGCUUCUCAGUUAGUUUUACUACUGUUAUUAAAUCCAUCUUGGUUAUUUUCAUCUUUAGUUUUAACUAUAAGCUAAAAAGUGAUGAGGUACAAGCUAUCAGCUGUAACUACAAUUUAAUAAAUCUUUAUUUAGUUUGUACGUAUACAAUGACUGAGGAAUUCUUAGUAAAAGCCAAGUUAACAUAACUUACUCAGAUUGUAAGAAAAGCAUAGAUAGAAUUUAAUGAAGAGUUUUCCUAAACUAAUAGUUGUCAGCUAUGGUAGAAGACUAUCAAAUGACUUUUGGAAUUUUUUUCCACACAUUCUAAGUAAAGAAGCUACAUCUG